AUGACAGAACAGGAAGAUUUAACAAUUGAAAAAAGUUCAGUAAUAGCAGUUCUUAAUGAAAACGGUUUAUAUUGGCUCGCUAAAGUUAUAAAUGUUGAGGAUGAAAAUAAAAAUAUUGAAAUUCAAUAUUUCGAUGAUAAUACGUUUAGAAUCGAAAAUACUUCUACACAAAUAGUUCAACGACUAUCAAUAUUGUGUACAUUUGGAAGGAUUCAUCACAGCUGUAAACAAUUCAAAUUGUCAGAUGUUUUACAAGCAAAAUUAGUUAAACAAGUAGCUGAAGCUCGUCAACUUUUAAGUAAGAGAUAGUUUUACUUUGUAUCUUAUCAAAUGUAUUCAUCUUGUAGCAAAUAGUACCAAUAACAAUCUCUCACAACAAGUUGAUCGUAUACAAGAAUUGCAAGACAUCAAUGCAACCUUGAAAAUCGAAAUUGAACAUUAUA